GUUUGAUAUGUAGUUUUAAGUUUAUGUUACAUAUUAGUUAGUUAGUUCAUAUUUUUCCAGUACAAUUAACACCAAAACAUGUACAGCUGCCACUAAAAAAUCCCGCAAAAAAAACCAUCGAUUCAAUAAUACAUGUGUUACAAGUUAAGUGUUUCACAUUAAGAACAGCGAUUAUGAUUUGAAAUAAUAAAUAUUUUGUUACUUGUGACUGUUUCAUGGUUAUCAAUGAUUGUGAAUCAUUACAAAAAACAAAUGAUUUGUAGAAACAUAGCUCAAUUCAAUAAAACUCUACACUUCAACUAAAUUGUCAAUAACUCUACGACAAAAAUUGCAAUAUACUGGCAUCACUCUUAGCCGACCACCAUUUUCACAUAUUUUUUUUUCUUUUUACGGACGGGAUAAGAAACGCUCGUGUCUAUAAUUCAAGAUCAUAUAGUGUGUAUAAUUUCUAAUAAAUUUAGAAAAACAAAAAACAUUAUAAACUCUAAAAAUACUUUAGUGUUAAAAAAACUAUUUUAGAAAUUAUAUAAGUGUAUUUUUAAUAAAUUUUAUAUUUUGAUAAUCAUAUUUUUGGACGAAAAUUUCAUUACUAUUGUAUAAAGCAAAAGUGUGUGCGUAAAGAUUUUCCUAAACGGAAAGAAAGAAAAAAACUGCAACUGAUUGGAGGGUAAUAUGAGUAAUGCUAUUAACCAAAAUGGAACAGGUCUAGAGCAGCAGGUUGCUGGUCUGGACUUGAAUGGCGGCAAAGCUAAUAAUAGCAGCCCCAUAACUAACAAAAGUUCAUCUAAUUUAGCUUCAGGAGUUUAUAUUCCUCCGCAUUUGAGGGAAGGAGUUGAAUUAGAUAACCGUUCCGAUAGAAAAUUUGAUAACAGAGAACAACGUGGUGGUGAAUAUCGUAGAGGUGGUGGCGGAAAUCGUUUCAAUAAUCGUGAUCGUCAAAGCGGAGAUUUUGGUAAUUUUAACCGUAGAGGCGGCGGUGGGGGUAACAGAUACGAGGAUAAUUACAACGGAGAUAACGAUACUAGGCGUGGUGGUGAAGAUUGGAAUCGUGGUGGUGGUGGUGGUGGUGGUGGACGUGGAUCACAAAAUAAUAGAAAUUACGACCGUCGUGACGAUGGAGGUUUUCGUGGCGGACGUAAUAAUCGAGAGAAUGAACAAAACGAUGAACAACCACGUAAUGACCGUUGGAAAGAGCCAGAACGUCGUCAAGAAGAUGGGCGCAAUGAGCGCAGUGGUGGACGCUGGAAGGAGGACCGACGCGGUGAUAUUGAUUUCACCAAAUUGGGACCUCGAGAUGAACGCCUUGAGCAAGAGCUAUUCGGUGUCGGUAAUACCGGUAUCAAUUUCGACAAAUACGAAGAUAUACCCGUGGAGGCGACGGGCCAAAACGUUCCUCCAAAUAUCACAUCCUUUGAUGAUGUGCAGCUGACCGAAAUUAUACGCAAUAAUGUGCUGCUGGCCAGAUACGAUAAACCGACACCGGUACAAAAAUAUGCGAUUCCCAUUAUUACAAAUGGUCGUGAUUUGAUGGCUUGCGCCCAAACCGGUUCAGGUAAAACUGCAGCUUUCUUGCUGCCAAUUUUAAAUCAGAUGUAUGAGCAUGGCAUAACGCCAUCACCACAAAACAAUCGUCAGUAUAGUCGUCGUAAGCAAUAUCCGUUGGGAUUGGUGCUGGCGCCUACUCGUGAAUUGGCGACACAAAUAUUUGAGGAAGCAAAAAAAUUUGCUUAUCGUUCUCGCAUGCGUCCUGCUGUACUCUACGGUGGUAAUAACACAAGUGAGCAAAUGCGUGAGCUAGAUCGUGGGUGUCAUUUAAUAGUAGCGACUCCAGGUCGUUUAGAAGAUAUGAUAACAAGAGGAAAAGUUGGUUUAGACAACAUACGUUUUCUUGUAUUGGAUGAGGCUGAUCGCAUGUUAGAUAUGGGUUUUGAACCGCAAAUACGACGUAUUGUGGAACAAUUGAAUAUGCCCCCAACUGGACAGCGUCAAACUCUUAUGUUCUCUGCAACUUUCCCAAAACAAAUACAAGAAUUAGCUUCAGAUUUUCUUAGUAAUUAUAUAUUUUUGGCUGUUGGACGAGUCGGAUCAACUUCUGAAAAUAUAACACAAACUAUUUUGUGGGUUUAUGAACCAGAUAAACGUUCAUAUUUACUUGAUUUAUUAUCAUCAAUACGUGAUGGACAGGAAUAUUCCAAGGAUAAUUUAACAUUAAUCUUUGUAGAGACUAAGAAAGGCGCUGAUUCAUUGGAAGAGUUUUUGUAUCAGUGCAAUCAUCCUGUUACUAGCAUUCACGGUGAUCGUACACAAAAAGAACGUGAAGAAGCAUUAAGAUGCUUCCGUUCAGGGGAUUGUCCAAUAUUAGUGGCUACAGCUGUAGCAGCACGUGGUCUUGACAUUCCUCAUGUUAAACACGUUAUUAACUUUGAUUUACCUUCUGAUGUAGAAGAAUACGUGCAUCGUAUUGGUCGUACUGGACGUAUGGGAAAUCUCGGCGUCGCCACAUCAUUUUUCAAUGACAAAAAUCGUAAUAUUUGUUCCGAUCUCUUGGAAUUAUUAAUUGAAACGAAACAAGAAGUACCCUCCUUUUUAGAAGAUAUGCUAUCAUCCGAACGCUCACAUGGUGCUAAUAAGCGCCGUGGUGGUGGCGGUGGAGGUGGUGCACGCUAUGGUGGAGGGUUUGGUUCACGUGAUUACCGUCAACAAUCGGGAGGUGGCGGUGGGUCACGUGGCAGUGGAAAUCGUUCAGGCGGUGGAUCUGGCGGAUCAUAUCGCAGUAAUGGCAAUUCCUAUGGAGGAAGCUCAAGUGGUUAUUACACAGGCGGUGGUGGAGGUGGUGGCUCUUAUGGUGGCAGCUACAAUUCAGCACAUGCCAAUAAUUCCAGUGGACCAGAUUGGUGGGCCAAUUAAACAAAGCGGCGUACUGCAUACUAAUCCGAAAUAAACAACGAUAUUCGGAUAUAACGAGAAUGGAACAUUUACCGAAUAAUUACAGAAAUUACAAAAAACAAAAAAGCAAAUAUAUAUAUACAUAUAUAAAAGUAUAUA